GUUUCCUGUGGAUACAUGGAACCAAGUCAUCAUACCUACGGAUUCAGUCAGAAACAUUGAAGCUAUAGACCACAGCAUGAUAUCAUGAGAUGAUCAGACAGGUAAGAUGUGGCACCUGUCUGCCCUGUUGUUGAUGACCCUGGCCCACAGUGGCACACCUUCAGAUGAGAUAACCUACCUGCCGGGGCUGGUCAAACAACCCAGCUUCAAACACUACUCAGGCUACCUGCAGGCCAGUGGGACCAAGAAGCUACACUACUGGUUGGUUGAGUCCCAGUCCAGCCCAGUCCAUGACCCUCUGGUCCUGUGGCUGUCAGGAGGGCCAGGCUGCAGCUCACUCUACGCCCUCCUCAUGCAGAAUGGACCCUUCCAGGUUCAAGAUGAUGGCUUCAGCCUUAACUACAAUUAUUACAGCUGGAACAAGGAGGCUAAUGUGCUGUAUCUGGAGUCACCAGCCGGUGUGGGCUUCUCCUAUUCUGACGAGCAGAACUACACCACUAACGAUGAUGAGGUUGCUGAAGACAAUUAUCUUGCUCUACAAGACUUCUUCAAAAUGUACCCUUACUAUAAAACCCACAACUUCUUCAUUACGGGAUCCAGUUAUGCUGGCUUCUAUAUCCCAAUGUUAGCUGUCAAGGUUAUGCAGGAGUCAGCCAUCAAUUUUCAGGGUAUUGCAGUUGGAAAUGGUCUGAGCAGUAUUCAACUGAAUGGCAACUCUCUAGUCUACUUUGCUUAUUACCAUGGCCUGAUUGGGGAUGACCUAUGGACAGCCCUGACACAGUCUUGCUGCCCCAACAACAACAGCAUCAAUGCACACUCCUGUAACUUCUACAACAAUACCAACCCUGACUGUGUCACUGCUAUGCAGGAGGUGUCCCAUGUGAUCAAGGACAUAGGACUGAACAGGUACAACCUGUACGCCAACUGUUCCGGAGGGAUCCCGCCUCACUCUGGGCUGGGCUUUGAUGGGCAGAAGUACGUCACCUAUGAUAUUGACCCGCCUGUGUUCCACAACGACUACUUCGGACAGAAGAGAAGGACGCUACUGAGGGACAUCCCCAGCCACAAGCUGAAGGCAAAGAUCCCCUGUGUCAACACGUCGGCCAUCACAGCAUACCUCAACAACCCAUACGUCAGGCAGAGUCUUCAUAUACCUGACAAUAUCACCUCCUGGGAAGAAUGCUCAUCUGCUGUUCUACAGAACUUUACUUUCCAAUACGACACCAUGAAAUCUCAGUAUGACCAGAUCAUCAUGGCUUUUAAGUACCGUGUUCUGCUGUACAAUGGAGAUACAGACAUGGCCUGUAACUUCCUAGGGAACCAGUGGUUUGUAGAGUCCCUCGGAAUGCAGGAACAGAUCCAGAGGAGGGCAUGGCUGUUCAAUGAUGGAAAGGACCAAAUUGCUGGCUUUGUUAAAGAAUACCAGAACUUUGCCUUCCUCACAGUCAAGGGUGCAGGUCACAUGGUCCCCAUGGACAAGCCGAACCCAGCUUUCACCAUGAUCAACAACUUCUUCAAGAAGAGGCCCUUUGCCACCUGAAGUAGACACCAUUCUGCUACUAGUAUCUCUGCUACAGGGCUUCAGGAAACAUACUUACAGACAGAUCUAGUUUAACUCACGGUGAUGUUUGGAAGAGCAGGUAUUAGACAGGACAAACCUAUCAUGUCAUUUUCAGGCAAACUGUAAUAAAAAUAUGUUACAGAGAACUUUUCUCUCGAUACCUCUAUUCAGUACUAGCAAAGUCGGUCACUGAACUUAAUAGGUCAGGAUAUUUUUCAGCAAAAUACUUUAAAAUCCUGUAUUACAAACAAGGGAAUAUAUUGAGGGCUUUUACAUUCUAUAGUGUCCUAAAUUUCAUUUCAAAGCAGUAAUGUAGUUGAUAAGAAAGGUUUAUCUGUGUAGUGUCCCUGAAUACAGCACAGGCGAGGUUGUUUUCAUUGAUACACAAGAGGCACUCUGUGUGUUAACGAUAGCAACAGAGCCCUGCAUUAUCUUUAAUGCUGCAUGCGUAAAUGUGAUUUAUUUCUUUUACUCAACACUGCAUCUCACUACCAGCAACAUGGCGGAAAAAAGAAGUUCCACCGAGUUACAAAUUAAUCAAUUUCUACGUGUGCAAGUGCAAUCAUAACUAAAAUGUUAUGUUACAUGUAAAAAAAAAAAAAUUAUGCUUGCUGGUCAUAGCAACUUACUAUCUGGAAAGAUUGGGUGUACAUUUUAGUUUCUACAGGGGACAUUCCUCUGGAUUAUUAUGCAGGAGCUAUUAUCAUUAUCAUGUUA